AAGCAUAAAAUUAUUUUAUUGUAUGAACUCGUUCCUUCGUUGAUCCCGAAGGAAUCAUUGGGGUCUCCAUCAAGAUUCUGCAAGGCAAUCAAGGAGUGAGCUCAUAGGAGAUCUUCCCAUUGAAUCCUUCAAAAAUCUUGAUGAGUACAGCCAAUUUAUUCAUCUUCGGUUCUUGAUUCCUCAAAUACUCGUUUCUUUCUUCAUCAGCUGUUCAUCUGUUCGUCAAUCAUCUUCAAUCCCAUAUCAUCAUUGCUCUCAACCCCACAGCUUCCACCAUGGAAGCUUCAAUCAGCAGAUCAUUGAUAAAAUUCACCAAUCGAAACUCCAUAAAUACAAUCCUUCAUUCUAACCGCCAUCCAUUCAAACUCUCCCCACACCCGUCGCCACCCGUCUUCUCACCCUUCACCACACUCGCUACUCUCUCACUCUCAAACCCUAAUUCUCACGCUCGCAAUCAUUUCCCCAAUUGGAAACCCUCUCAUUUCACCCCAUCUUCGUUCCAAUCAAAUGUCAAUCCUCCAAUCUCCGCCGAUCGUUUUGCUCGCAUUUUAUCGGGCCACAACGACAAGUCUUUUGAAUGGAAGUUCGCUGACCGGGAACAUGGCGGAGAAUUAGGGUUUCUUCCCGAGGAUAAGCGGGCGGCGGUGACCGUGGUGGUGUUAGGCUGGCUAGGAUCGAGGCAGAAGCACUUGAGGAGAUACGCUGAGAUGUAUAACCUGUUUGGUAUGGAUGCUGUUACACUUCCUGCUCCAGUUAACGAUGUGCUUGGUUUCCAUUGGGGGAGGAAAUUGGAGUCAAGAGUUGCAGUAUUGACUGACGAGCUUGUGUCAUGGUUGGAGGAGAAGGAGAACGAUGGAAAGGACCGGUUCUUGAUCUUUCAUACCUUCAGUAACACUGGUUGGCUUGCCUAUGGUUCUAUUCUGAACAAAUUGCAAGGCAGACAAGAGCUACUGGAGAAGAUCAAAGGGUGUGUCGUUGAUUCUGGAGGAGACCCAGAGCUUGAUCCUAAGGUAUGGGCAGCUGGAUUCACUACAGCUUUGCUUAAAAAACAAAGCUCUGCAGUUAAUUCUUCCUCUGAAUCAAUGGAAGCAAAAAAUGUCAAUUCAGAUGAUAAAGAACUUGAAUUCAUUGAGGUCUUCCUUCUUACAUUAUUUGAGAAGUUCUUUGCUUAUCUUCUUGAAUUACCAGAUAUAAAGAAGAGAUUGACAGAAGUAACAUCGACUCUAUCAGAAAACCAGCCUUCUCAUCCACAGCUGUAUCUAUACAGCACAGCUGAUAAGGUGAUUCCAUUUCAUAAAAUAGAAUCAUUUGCUGAACACCAAAAGAAAUUAGGAAAAAAAGUCACGACUUUUAACUUCAAAUCGACCCCACAUGUGGAUCAUUAUAGAACUUUCACGGAUACGUAUCGGUCUUUGGUUCAAAUUUUCUUAAAAGACUGUUUUGCCCUUGAAGGUAAGCAAUUGUGUAAUGUAGUGAAGUGAGAUUGAAAGGUAGAGAAUUAAUAGAAUGGUUUCUUGGUUUCUUACUUUUACUUGAGAUGUAUUUAUACAUAGUUCUCUUAUAGGGUAACAGAAUACAACUAACCAUGGAAUAUAAGCGGAUGGGUCCCACAAAACAGACUGUCUUGUACUGUGUUUGGUGUGAAUUGGAUUUGUAUUGAGAUUGAGACUCAUAUCAAUGCAACUAAAAUAAUUUAAGUUUUA